GAAAAAACCCCUUUUUACCACUACCAAACGAUGUCAAAAUGUUGAUAAUAACUCACGAAAUAUUAUGGGUGGUGAGAUCUAUUUAGAUCCUAAAGAAGAAGAAUCCCUCUUAUCUGCGUCAAAUUAUAAUCAUAGCUAUCCUUCAGGAUCGCUUCCUUUGAUUUGUAAUAGCACUUCAAAUACUAGACCGCAUAUUUCUCGUCUAAACACGUAUCCUCCGAUUUCUAAAUCAAGUGUUAUGCUUGAAAGUUGUCCUUCAUCCGAGUCUCAACCGAUUAGUACCAUUGCAUCUCUGAAUUUCCCGAAUUUCCAGGAUAAUAGUAUGCCAAAUUAUAUUCCUAUUGCGCAGAAUAUUUCCGGAAAUAGAUCCGAAGGUAUCAAUUCAGGAAGUAAAUCCUAUAAUCAUUUAGUAAACGGAUCAGAGAAUCGUAAUUCAAGAAAUGAGCAACCUAAUAGUUGUGAUCCAGGAAAUGAUUCCUAUGAUUACGAUUUAAGAGAUGAAUCUGGAGGUUACAACGAAUCUGUUGAUUAUAACUUAGAGGAUGGACUUGAAGAUUAUGGAUCAAACGGUCAUAAUUUAGUUAACGAAACCGAAUAUUAUGCGGCACCUAAAGAUUAUGAUACAGGAAAUGGACAUGAAAAUUUUGAUCCAGAAAAUAAGUUUUAUGAUAUCAAUGGUUGUAACUUUGGAAAUGCAGUCGAAAAUUCUAAUUCAUUGUCUGAAUACGAUGAUCACAAUUCAAGAUGUGUAUUUGAAGAUUAUAAUCCGAGAGAUGCAUUCGCAGGCCAUAAUUUAGAACUUUCACCUGAAGGUCAUAAUUUAAACAUUGGACCAACCAUUUUGAUUCUUAAUCCCGAUCCGGAAGUUAUUAGCUUUGUUCUCUCUAGGUCAAGGUCAAAUAUUAGGUCAAAUAUUGGGUUAAAUAUUAUAGUUAUUUCAUGA